AGUAGCAAUGAAACAGCGGUCCCGGCGCGCUAUACGCGAAUAUGUGAUAUUAGUGCUCAGGUGGUGUGUGUUAGUGAAAAAUAAAUUUCUUCGCGAUCAGUGAUUAUGAUAAACACCAAUGUACAGCUCUGGUUACUCUUAUAAUCGUUAUCGUCCGAACAAGGACAGUUCUCGUCGAACUGAGGACUUCAACUGGAGUUACGGACAAUCUCCAUGGGUUUACAGAACACCUGGUAUGCCUAUUAAAUCAACAACGAAUAGUAAACCUUUGGAUACCUCGUACGCUUCUACCAGUACAACCAGUUCUACACCUCACAGACACAGAUAUGCCCGAUCUUCUACUACCAGCAACGUCGCGCAAUUACUCAGUGAAUCUUGUUCGAAUUUAUUGCAAAAAUUGACCACCAGGGUACGCGGACUUUCUACCACAGUAGAAAGACAGCUCAUCGAUGAAACGACAUCAACACCAACAACGUCUUCUUUUAAUUCAGGAUUUCUUCCAUUAUCUACCAGCAAAAGUACAACAGUCGUACCUAACUUCGGACAUACAAUUACUAGAUUAGAAGAUAAAUAUUCUAAUGUAUUAGAUAAGAUCUAUAAGAAGCAUAACAAAGAUCCGGAAAAGACACCUGUUCCUGCCGGAAGAGCUCUCACAAAAAGUUCCACAUCCGUAAAUAUUUAUUAUCCCGAAAAGUCCAUUUAUAAUAAUCUUAAUACUGAUCAUGGGGGAGUGUAUAGAAGAGAAAAAACUCCUUAUAAAGAAAGUAGGAAAUCACUGCAUUCGACAAGGCAUUUUCCUGAACCUCAAUACGCUUAUUUGGAUAAAGAUUCAGCUUAUCGAAUUAGACAUAAAUCGAAUCAUUCCGAUUUAAGACCAAGAAGAUCUUCCAAACCUAAUCAUAGGAAUGGAUUAAGUGAGGUGAACGAUAGAAAGCCGGCGUCCAAUUUCAAACUAUGUCCAGUCGAAAUAAAGUACCAAGAGCAACCAGCACCGGUUCACUCAAACUUCGAAAAAACGUUAAGUCCGCCAGUUCCAAGAUAUAACGAUAAAGAUUUAACAAUUCCAAGCGUUCCGGAUACGGAAUCUCGAAGAGAAGCUAAAAGAGUCGAAAUACAAAAUUUAAUAGCAAAAUAUUCCGCUCUCGACGAAGCUUACAAAGUUAAUGAUAGCGCGUAUAGCUCCGGAGCUAGUACGGCCAGCACCAGCUCGAAACCCACUAUUUUGGCCAGCGUUACGCAGAAGUACUAUCCGAAUUCGGUAGCUACAUCCCCGAUACCUGUUGAGGAUGAUGAUGAGGGUCACUUAAUAUACAAAACAGGUGACACACUCCAAGAUAGAUAUCAAGUCCUUGGAACGUUAGGAGAAGGAACGUUUGGCAAAGUAGUUAAAGUAAAAGAUCUCGAAAAAGACUGUAUUAGAGCCUUAAAAAUAAUAAAAAACGUAGAAAAAUAUCGAGAAGCAGCCAAAUUGGAAAUCAACGUUUUAGAAAAAUUAGCUGAAAAAGAUCCCAACUGUAUAAAUUUAUGUGUAAAAAUGUUGGAUUGGUUUGAUUAUUACGGCCACAUGUGUAUUACUUUCGAAAUGUUAGGAUUAAGUGUCUUCGAUUUUUUGAAAGACAAUAAUUAUCAACCUUAUCCAUUGGAGCAUGUUCGACAUAUUGGUUACCAACUGUGUUAUUCAGUUAAAUUCCUCCAUGCAACAAAAUUGACGCAUACCGAUCUCAAACCUGAAAAUAUUUUAUUCGUCGAUUCUUCCUAUGAAUUAGUAUACGACGUCAAAAAAAGGAAAGAUGUAAGGCGAGUGAAACGAACUGAUGUGAGGUUAAUAGAUUUUGGAAGUGCCACUUUUGACCACGAGCAUCAUAGUACAAUUGUAUCAACACGUCAUUACAGGGCGCCCGAAGUCAUUUUAGAAUUAGGAUGGUCUCAACCAUGUGACGUUUGGUCCAUAGGGUGUAUAUUGUUUGAAUUAUAUUUGGGCAUCACACUUUUUCAAACACAUGACAAUCGAGAACACUUGGCAAUGAUGCAAAGGAUAAUCGGGGAAAUCCCUUUGAGUAUGGCUAAAAGAACAAAAACUAAAUAUUUUUAUAAGGGAAAACUGGAAUGGGAUGAGAAAAGUGCUGCUGGCAGAUACGUUAAAAAUAAUUGCAAACCUUUAUUGAAAUACAAACAAUCGGAAGAUUCGGAUCACAACGCCCUGUUCGAUCUGAUUUUCAAAAUGUUGGAAUACGAACCUUCGGAAAGGAUAACUUUAAGAGAAGCUCUACACCAUCCGUUUUUUACAAAAUGCAAAUUAGACCAAUCUAGUGACGGGGUAAUUCACCAUCUAAGAAAAAGUUUGUCCAGAUGAAUCUACAUACUGUUUAAAUUAAUUAUUUUUGAAUAUUUGUGAAACGGUUUUGAAGUUUCAAUAUUUGUACAAAAGUUUAACUAUAAUUACAAAAUCCAAUGCACUUUUGAAUAUAUGGAAUUGAUGAAGUUUAAUUGAUAAAAUUGUACAUAUUGCGACAAACAUUUUGGACAACUAUAAUAAUUUAUAAAGACUCAUGAAAUGUUUGAAGAUUAUAGAUGACGGUUGUGGUCAAUAUCCUAUAAAAAUACAAUCGAAUUGGUUUGUUUUAUAUAAAUAUGUCAAAUUGAUCAUUGUCUUUCUUAUUUUUGUGCCAUUAAUGAAUAAAAGGAGCUUAUUUGUUACAUAUUUGUGAAUUCGGUGUUCAACUUAUAGCUAAAAUCAUUUGAUAUCUCCUAUAAUCAUCACAGCAGAAUAUUUUUUGACUUAGUGAGAGGAAUCUUCAUGUAGGUCUAACUGAUACUAUUUUAUCAAAAAGAAAAUUUAUCUACCUCUGAGUUCUGUACCUAUCUAUUUUCGUUUUUCCUAUAAUUUUGAUGACAAAUGGUACAGUUUUCCCUCAAAAGUGUACACUAAUAAAUGUUGAAUAUUUUUGAUAAACUUUAUUAGAAAAAUUCAAUUUAGUUGAUGUUCUAUUUGUCAACAUUGGAUUUUGUAACAUGUAUAUAUUUUCAAAUGAAAAAUUCAGUGGAAAUUCUGUAAAACUGAAGCUAUUUCCAUAAUAAAUUUAUGUACUUGAUAUUUUGUUUACUAGUUUGCAAGUUUUCAGUAAUUAAAUUUAUUAAAUGUAAAAAAAACUUUGAUAUUCUCCUAUUACAUCCUUGCCUUUCUCUGACCAGCUAUUAUUGUAUUUCUAAAAGGAAUCCAGAUGUAGAUAAAUAUUUCAUCAAUCAAUUUCUUUGCAACUUUUAGUUCCAAUUUUGUUACUAAAUAAAAAUUGAAAAAUGUUUCAAAUUUAAACUGAAAAGACAUACUACAGUUUUCAGUUAUUUUCUUCUGAAUGCUAUUCUUAAUUUCUAUAAUAAUUUUUUUACAGAAUUUCCACUUUUAUAUGGUAAAAAUGAUUCUAAAUAUGGGUUAGACCAAUUAGUUAUAAAGUCAACAUUUAUUUUUAAAAGGUUGAGUACAUUCAUAAAUAAUAUCCAAGAAUAAUUAAUGUAUUUUCUUUUGUAUUAAAUCCGUAGCUAAAAAUAUCUUGAAACUGGUAGUAUCAAUUGAAUUUUUAUUCUUUUUUUCUUUUCCUUUCACCAUUUCAUCGUUUCAAUGAGGAUUCUGUAUGUCUUGUACCUAUUUAUUCCUUUUCUUGUACACAGUUAUUUUAUUUAGUCUAUAUCCAUUUCUUUCUUGGUUUAUUUAUUUCUUUUUCAUCUAUUAUUAAUACUUGUUUUGCCACUUUCUUUCUGAAUUUUUUUACAUUAUUUCCAAAUUAUUAUUUAUAAAUAAUAAGGUCCUUCCCUAAAAUAUUUAAAAGCAUUUUUACCUAAAGUUUGUUUUUAGGAUACGCCUAAUUGUUAAUUUAAGCCAAUUUAUUAUUAUCAGUGAUUUACUGUGAUCGAAUCCAAAGUGCUUCAUUUAGUUUUGAAAAUAUACUUUUAUUAAUACAGAUGUACAUGUCUUAUCAAAUAAAUGCUGUGGAAUCUA